GCCCCGGUGAUCAUGUGAUGACGAGUCGUUGCUGGUGGAAACAGCUGGUAGUUUCUGUCAACGAGCGCUGCAUCCAGCAUGCAGCAUGGGAGAGAAUAAAAGUUAAACCCGAGUCGGAAUUGGUCACAUCUUCUUUAUUUUGAAGGUCUGAUGCUAGUGGUGUGUCGCUGGCUACCUCGUCCCGACAGUUUGGCCGAAGUAGAGCAGAACGCGGCUUGUUAUUAGCCUGUCUCGUCGGCAUCCACUGUAACCGGCGGCUAACACCUGCUAGCUUGCAGACUUGAUUGGCAAGUCUGUAAAGUCGAAUAACUAGGCGCCACUCUGUUGUCACCGUUUUUGCCUCGACUAUUUAUUUGCUAACCGUCAGGACCGGGGUCUUGGUUCUGUCAACAUGGCUCACGUCCAUUACAAAUUCUCCUCUAAACUAAAAUACGACACGAUGGUGUUCGACGGCCUCAACAUCACGCUGAAAGACCUGAAGAGGCAGAUCAUGGACCGGGAGAAACUUCGAGCCGCCGACUGCGACCUGCAGAUCACCAACGCGCAGACGAAGGAAGAGUACAAAGAUGACGAGGAUCUCAUCGCUAAGAACUCCUCUAUUAUUGUGAGGAGAAUCCCUAUGGUGGGUGUCAAGUCAUCGGGGAGCAAGACGACGUCCAAGACGAUGUCCAAGACCACUGACCGUUCCGACAACCAAUUUCACCACCAGGCCUUUGGGUCCACCAAAGCAAUGGAUAACCAGAGUUUUUCCAGAUCCCUCACCCUUCUCUCCCAGACCUGCAAUCUGGCCAACGCAAACGCGUCUGAAGAGGACAAAAUCCAAGCCAUGAUGUCCCAGUCCACCCAUGAAUACGACCCUAUGAAUUAUGUGAAGAAGCACGGCCCUCCUCCACCAAACUACACCUGUUUCCGAUGUGGGAUGAAUGGUCACCACAUCAGAAACUGCCCCACCAAUGGGGACAAGACCUUUGAGUCCCUGCCCAAGAUCAAGAAGAGCACGGGCAUCCCUCGCUCUUUCAUGGUGGAAGUGGACGACCCCAACAUCAAGGGGGCCAUGCUGACCCACUGCGGUCGAUACGCAAUUCCCACUAUAGACGCCGAGGCCUAUGCCAAGGGGAAGAAGGAGAGGCCUCCGUUCGCGCCGCCCCUGCCCCCGGCCGCGGGCGCCGGUGGGGAGGAGAAGAAGGAGGAGGAGGAGGCGGUCCCCACGGAGCUGCUGUGUCUCAUCUGCAGGGAGAUGCUCCACGACGCCGUCCUCAUCCCCUGCUGUGGAAACAGCUACUGUGAUGACUGCAUCCGCAGUGCCUUGCUGGAGUCAGACGAGCACGUCUGCCCCACCUGCGCAAAGGUGGACGUCUCUCCAGACACCCUGGUAGCCAAUAAGUUCCUCCGACAGGCGGUGAACAGCUUCAACAACGAGCUGGGCAACCAGAACAGCCUGGCCACACCGGGACCCAGCGCCCCGACGUCCCAGACGUCAAACCCCAGCCCCAGCCCGGCCCCCAAUCUCCCUCCCCCCGUCUCUGCCACCCAGACCCGCCCCAAGACGCCCUACCAGCAAACACGCCACCAGCAGGACCCUCUGAUGUCCCGGCCACCGCCUGCACACACCCCGCCAUUGGCUCAACCGAACACGCCGUCUCCCGUAGCAACGGCCCCCUCAUCUGCCUCCAGCACUCCGGUCAACUCUCCGCCGCGUCCGCAGAACCAGCCGGACGUGCCCGGCAGCACGGAGGCCGAGGCCGAGGUUUCUGUUGAUGCAGCCGAGGCCUCCAUCCCCUCUGGGUCCUCCUCCCCUGUGGAGGCACCACCACUGAUGGCCCCGGGUUACCAUGUUCCAGUGGCGGAAGACCGGGAGUCCAUCAGCCCUAAAAAUACACAAAUGUCCCCAACAUACCCAACAGUCCGACCCUCGGAUCAGCCACCCGUCAAGGAGAGCUCCUCCACCUCCUCCGUUCCUGCCGUCGGCGGGGGUUGGCCCUACCCCAGAGAGGGCCCCGGCCCGCCCCUCCCACCCCCUCGACCCCCCUCCGGCCCCCCGCCCUCCGGCCCCCCUCCCUCCGGCCCCCCGCCCUCCGGCCCCCCUCCCUCCGGCCCCCCGCCCGCCGCUCCUCAGCGCUACCUCCCGCCACCCUCCCCCUUCCCCUCCAUGCCCUUCCCCCCGUACCCGGGCUUCCCGCCGGGGUUCCCGUUCACGGCCCCUCCCUGGGCGCCCCCUGGCCUGCCGCCCGGCGUCUGCCCCACGGUGCCCCCUCCCCCCCUCCACCCCCCCGCUCUCCCCCCCUCCACCUGCUCCGCCUCCUCCUCCUCCUCCAUCCCCCCCCUCAUCCCCAAGGAGGAGAUGUACCGACACCAGCAGCGGCGGCGGAUGAAAGAGAGCAGAUCGUCGUCCGGCCGCGGGCCCACCAGAGACGGGCGGGGCCAGCAGAGGCCCCAGCCCGCCGUGGACGAGAUGGGCGGGGACUUCGCCAAAGAGCUGCUGGAGUACCGGCGGAUGCAGAGGCAGAGGAGGCGGUCCUACUCCAGGUCGCCUCAGAGGAGCUCCUCCGUCAGCCAGAUGUCCUCUGACUCCUACUCCGCCUCCAGGAGCUACUCCAGGUCCCCCAGCAGGUCCCCGGGCCCCGCGCACUCCAGAGGCAGAUCUAGAUCAAGGUCCCGCCCACGCCACAGACGGAGCUCCGCCCGUCGCCACGGCGACCGCUCCCAUCACCACGGCUACAAGCGGUCCCGCUCCCCGACGCCGCCCUCGUCCUCCCCGUCCCGCCGCCGGAGGAGCCCCCAGACGCGGUCCAGGUCCCGCUCUCGGUCCCGGGGGUCCCGGCGGAAGGCGUCGCGCUGCCGCCACCACCGCCGCCGCGCCGGGAGUCACCACGAUCACCACGGCGACCCAGGGCGGCGGGGCUCGCCGGCCUGCGACCGCCACCCGCAACUCGCGGGCUGCGACGCCCAGCGCUUCCGCCAGUGGGAGACGGAGUACCUGCAGUGGUACGACAAGUACUUUGGCAACUACACCGGGACGCCCCACCACCUCCAGCCGCCGCCCCUCCUGCCCACGCCCCGCCCCGCCUGCGGCCGCCCGGCGCCCAACCACCGCCCCGGCCGGCUCCCCGCCAAGAGGAGCCGCUCCCCCCCCCGACGGUCGCCCAACCGCAGCCCCUCCCCGGGCAGCGACGAGGACUCGGGCUCGCUGACCUACCAGCAGAGGUGCUCGGAGAUGUUCGGGCACCAGGCGUCGUACCGGGAGGAGGCCGAGGACAGGGAGCCGGCCCCCCGCGCGCCGGCCUCCAGGGGUCCCGACGACCCGACGCACAAGAAGAAGAAGAGGAGGCGGAGCGAGAGGGAGCGGGCGGACGGGGGCGGGGCGGAGGAGGCCCCGCCUCUGGGCGCCUCCUUCUCCUCCUCGUCCGGUCGCGGCCGCUGGGACGGGGGGAGCAACCAUGACAGCCCGGGUACCCCGCUACACAACCCGGGGGUCUGCAGCCGGGCGGAGCCAGGGGACGAGGCCUGGGACCGACCCUACGCUGGGACGCUGAGGGCCGACGGCGGAAGGGAGGGCCAGAGAGCCGAUGGGGGGAGGGAGGGCCAGAGAGGCGAUGGAGGGAGGGAGGGCCAGAGAGGCGAUGGGGGGAGGGAGGGCCAGGCGGGCAGACCAAAGCAUGGCGAGCCACGCCCGGAUCACUCCAGGUCGGGGAGGAAAAAGAGACAGGCAGAGGAGAGGAGCAGCGAGUCCCUGAGGAAGGACGUUCCUCUGGACGGCCGGCACCUCGACUCCUCGCACAGGAGCGAGAACGCAAAGUCAGGGCAGGACGGAGACGACCCGAGGCACGGGGGUAAACCGAACGCCGUCGAGAAGGAAGCGCCCCCCCGUGGAGCACCGACGGAGAACCCCCUCUGGGAAGGGGUGACGAAGGUGAGGAACCCCCAGAGGAAGACCAUCAGCAUCAACAUCAACCUUACCCAGCUGGAGGAGGUCCAGAAGGUGGCUGAGUCUCACCCGACGGCCGGCAGCUCGGUCGAGGAAGAGCGAAUGGACGCCGGAGAUGAAAACGAGGACACGCCCAUAGUGGAGGACGGGGAGGAAGUGGUGGACGACAACAGAGGAGUAAAACAACUGACCACCGUCCGGAGAGCCGCGGAGGCACCCAUCUUCUAA